CUUGGGACUCGCUCCAAGGACCUCCAGCCCCCGGGGGUCUCCAUUGCUCUCAGGACUCGCUCCAAGGACCUCCAGCCCCAGGUGCCCGCUCUCUUGGGACUCUCCACCCAGCCCCCGCCGGCGGGCGGCUCCCAUCUUUGCCCUCUCUCCUCCGGGACGCCAGCCAGCACUAGGUUCCGCCACCACCACCUUGUCUCUUGCCGCCCCGCCCCGCCCCUCCAACCCUGGGAGGGCGCAUUGCGAUUGGACCGGCCGUUGCCUAGCUACCCUGGGCACUGCGGUGCGAUUGGCCGACGAAGGACGCCCCAGGCCGCGGCGCAGCACAAGGCCUUCAAGAGGAAGAUCUCCGUUGUGUCAGCGGCCAAGGGGGCAGCGGCAGGGAACAGUGACACGGAGGGCGGCCAGUCGGGGGGGCGCAAGCGGCGCUGGGGGUCCAGCACGGCUGCCACCCAGAAGAAGCCGUCCAUCAGCAUCACCACAGAGUCGCUUAAGAGCCUGAUACCCGAGAUGAAGCCGGUGGCGGGGCAGGAGGCGGUGGUGGAUCUGCACGCCGAUGACUCCCGCAUCUCGGAGGAUGAGGGGGAGCGCCAUGGGGAGCCACCGGCCCACGAGAAGGGACUCAAGAUCUGCCGGACUGUCACACAGGUGGUGCCAGCCGAGGGGCAGGAGAACGGGCAGGGCGAGGAGGAAGAGGAGGAGGAGAAGGAGCCUGAGGAAGAGCAGCCUGAGGCCCCCCAGGUCACAGCAGAGUUGCCGUUGCCCCCACCUGUGGAGCACGAAGUCAAGAAAGUGACACUCAGCGACACCCUGACGCGCCGCUCCAUCAGCCAGCAGCGCUCGGGCGUCUCCAUCACCAUCGAUGACCCCGUGCGCACGGCCCAGCUCCCGUCACCCCCCCGCGCAAAGCCGAGCCCCAUCGUGCACAUCUGCAACCUGGUGCGGCCCUUCACGCUGGGCCAGUUGAAGGAGCUGCUGGGCCGGACAGGGACACUGGUGGAAGAAGCCUUCUGGAUCGACAAGAUCAAAUCGCACUGCUACGUCACAUACUCCACGGUGGAGGAGGCGGUGCUGACCCGCAACGCCCUGCACGGGGUGAAAUGGCCCCAGUCCAACCCCAAGUUCCUAUCCGCCGACUUCGCCGAGCAGGACGAGCUGGACUUCCACCGGGGGCUGCUGCCGGAGCGGGCGGUGGAGGCAGCGGCGGCCCCGGGGGCCGGGCCAGCCGGUGGGCGCGGGGGCCGGCGCUCAGCCCCCCGGGAGCGCUCGCGGGAGCCGGAGCGGGCGGCGCGGGAGCAGUGGGCGGAACGGGAGCGGGAGAUGGAGCGGCGGGAGCGCACGCGGGCCGAGCGCGAGUGGGACCGUGACAAGGUGCGCGAGGGGCCCCGCUCCCGUUCCCGCGAGCGCCGCCGCAAGGAGCCACCCAAGGCCAAGGAGAAGAAGGGCGAGAAGAAAG